ACGUGUCCGUUAUUGUUUAACCACUGAAGACCUCAGGUACUAACCCCAUGUUUACUCUCCCUUCAGCCAGACACAGGGAAAACUACUGGCCCGAGGAAGUUGAAUCAUUAAGCUGAGGCCAUGCUAAGGCCAUGCUUGGCUGUUCAAACAAGGAGGGAUGGAACAUGAUUUGAACUUUCCUCUGGCCAAUGAGCAAGUGGGUCCACCUUCUGCCCAAAGGAAUAAUAACUUAUGAGCAACAAACACUCCCAAACACAUUCACUAAAUCUUAGAUAAGAUCUGGAUCCAAAAAUGGCUACAGUGGGACUGGAAAUACUGGCGGUGACUUUAGCUGUCCUAGGAUGGCUCUUGACUAUUGUCUCCUGCGCCCUGCCGAUGUGGAGAGUCUCAGCCUUCAUUGGAGUGAGCAUCGUCACAGCCCAGAUCACCUGGGAGGGCAUUUGGAUGAGCUGCGUGGUCCAGAGCACAGGUCAGAUGCAGUGCAAGAUCUACGACUCCAUGUUGGCGCUGAACGCUGACCUGCAGGCUGCCCGUGCCCUCACCGUCAUCUCUAUAGUCCUCGGAGUUCUGGGGGUCCUGACGGCCAUCAUGGGAGCCAAAUGUACCAACUGCGUGGAGGAAGAGGUGAGGAAAGCUUGGGUGAUGAUCGCCUCUGGGGUGACUUUCGUUCUCACAUCUCUCACCCAGCUGAUCCCCGUGUCAUGGUCAGCCCACACCAUCGUAACGGAGUUCUACAGCCCGCUCAUACCGGAGGCACAGAAGAGGGAGAUAGGCGCAGCUCUGUACGUGGGUUGGGCAGCAGCCGGAUUCCUGUUCAUCGGCGGGUCCAUCCUCUGCUGCAGCUGCCCGCCACAACCCCCGAAAACGUACACGCCCCCGUCAAAGAUGGUGUGGUCUCAAACUAGGUCGUUCGCGCCAAGCAGUUACAACAGGAGAGACUACGUCUGAAAUCUCACCUGCUCCGUUCUCACAUUCUCUCAUAGACGUGGGAGAACUACUGUUUGGUCUUAGUAACUUACCCUUGCCUGUCUUAAUGCUGAGAGGAGGAAAACCCAACCAUUUCCAGUGAUUUUUGGCUUCACGUGUUUGUGCAGAGACUCCAUCGACUUUAAUGCCUGUUGCUGAGUGUGUAGCAUUGCGGCUGUCAGGAGGCCACUGAUACACCAUGAAAGCUGUGUGUGCCCUGUGCUGUGACAUCGAAAUGUACAUAUAGAACAGCGGAAUAUGUGUUUGUACUGCAUUGACUCAUCAUGUUUUUUGUGUAAAUUUUGAAUUAUAAUCAGGAUGUUCAGGGAAUAUUGUCAAGUGAUGCAAAAUAAUGUUGAUUUUUUUUUUUAUGCUUUCAGAAAUUUAUGAACAUUUUCCAUUUCUAUUAAUAUCUUGUGAGAGUUUGACAUGUGAAAUGCAAGCCUUAUUAAAGUAAAGAUGUGUUUAAGGUAACCUG